AUGACGGUGAACUCAUACUCGAGAAGAAGAAUUGUAUUUGUUAAUCCCCUCCCCAUGGAUGGCGUGGUGGUCUUUGAGGUGGACGUAGCCUCCUUCUUGGUGGUGGAGGUGGAGGUGGACGCUUUGUGGGUGGUGGAGGAGGUGGAGGUGGGCUCUUCUUUGGUGGUGGAGGUGGAGGAGGGCUCUUUUUGGGUGGAGGUGGGAGUGGAGGCGAUUUUAUAUGAGGAGGAGGACGCGAUGGGCGGAGGAGGUGGAAGUGGUUCUUUUCUAGGUGAUGGUGGUGGAGGCGGACUCUUUUUUGGCGGAGGUGGAGGUGGAGGGGGAGGUGAUUUCCUAGGUGCAGGAGGUGGGGGUGGGCUCUUUUUGGGUGGUGGAGGUGGAGGUGGCCUCUAUUUUGGCGGUGAAGGAGGUGGACGUUUUCUCUUUGGUGGUGGAUGUGGAGCAGGAGAGGGUGGUGGUGGUGAAGGCGGCGGACGAGAUGGUGGUGGGGGUGAUCUUCCGUUGGGUAAUGGCGGGAAAUGUGGAGGUCUGAUUAUUGGUGGGAAAGGUGGAGGUAGAGGUGGGCACCUUCUGCGUGGCGGAGGAGGUGGAGGUGAUCUCUUUGGUGGUGGAGGUGGAGGGGGGCUCUUUUUCGGCGGAGGUGGUGGUGGAGGUGAUUUCUUAGGUGGUGGAGGUGGAGGUGGACACUUUUUUGGUGGAGGUGGUGGUGGAGGUGAUUUUUUAGGUGGGGGAGGUGGUCUGCUCUUUCUUGGUGGAGGGGGAGGGGGAGGUGAUUUCUUAGGUGGGGGAGGUGGAGGUGGGCUCUUUUUAUGUGGCGGAGGAGGUGGAUGUUUUCUCUUUGGUGGUGGAGGUGGAGGGGAGGGUGGUGGUGGUGAAGGUGGCGGAGGAGAUGGUGGCGGAGGUGAUGGUGGUGGGGGUGAUCUUCUGUUGGGUAAUGGCGGGAAAUGUGGAGGUCUGAUUAUUGGUGGUAAUGGUUUAAUGGGCGGUGGCAAACGCCGCGGUGGCGAGGGAAUUAUUUUAGCAUUGGCAUUUGCCACAAAGAUGGCGAAAAUUGCCAGGAGUUUCCACAGCGAAGCUAUGUGGCUCGCCAUGGUUGCUAAAAAGAUGUAUUUGCUGUCGACUGACUCACUUGUGGAGUUGAUGGUUCUGUGA